AUGUCUACCAACAAGUCCUUCUCGUGGCCCAACUGGCCGGACAUUACGGAUGAUGCCACCACUCUCAAGCACUACUUGGACGACCCUGAUUAUGUUGCCGCGAAGCAAAAAAUCACUCAGAUGUUUGGCCAGGAAAGCCUUGUUCAAGGAUGGAUUAAGACCUGUACGGAGCUGGAAGCCCUGGCUAAAGAGGUUCGAGAGAAACGGGAGGGGAUCUUCCCAGUGAUUGAGAUGGAGGAUAUCGCCCGGGGUCUCGACGCGCCCGAGAAACUGGACGAGAUUCGCCGAAUUGGAAGCUUUAUUGUGAGAGGUGUAAUUCCCUCUUCAGAGAUUGAGCCCAUAUUUGAAGACCUGAAAGAGUAUAUCGCCACCAACAAAGACGAGAUUACUGGCUAUCCUCAUGAGAACCCUGCCAUCUACUGCGUCUACAGCUCACCGGCUCAGAACAAUCUACGUAGCCAUCCUAAGCUUGUGGAUUUGAUGCGAUGGGCCAACAAUCUUUGGGAUUACUCCGAAAGUGACUCUGAUACCUCGCCCAACCCUUUGGUCUAUGCGGACAGAGUUCGUGUACGCGCACCGGGUGCUGAAUUUCUGGGGCUUGGUCCCCAUAUUGAUUCUGGUGGCCUUUGUCGAUGGACUGAGCCAGUAUACCGGGAGGUGUAUUCCGAUAUUUUUUCGGGAAAUCUUGAGGGCCGAAAUCGAUAUAAUAUGAGCAAGCGCAAGGAUGCAGAUCAGGGAUUCUAUAGCAGAUCAGGAGAUCUUGCAUCCACUGUCCUAAGGAGUUUCCAGGGCUGGACAGCGCUCACUAAAACAGCACCUCAAGAGGGAACCAUCUUGCUCUACCCUAACGUUCAUUUGGCAAUUGCCUACGUUCUCCUACGCCCUUUCUUUUCCCCACCAGCCGACGAGACCAAGAUCAUGGACCCACAUGAGUGGACAUUUGAUGCGAGCGGUAGCUGGUUCCCCGGAGCCUCGAAGACCGGUGGGCAAUGCCUAAGCCCGUCCUCCCAUCCCCAUUUGCGCUUGAAAGAGUGCCUGCUUCACGUCCCCGCAUUGGACGCGGGUGAUACGGUUUGGUGGCAUUCGGAUGUAUGCCAUGCGGUCGAUCCCGAACAUGUUGGAAAUAUCGAGGCAAGCGUUGCCUAUAUCGCCGCUACCCCGACAACUAGGAUCAAUAAAGAGCACAUGCGCGGUCAAUAUGACAAGAUGGCACUGGGUCUGGCGCCACCAGACUAUUCUGAUGGGGUAGACGAAUCCAAGUUCAAAGGAUUCCAGGGGUUUGAGGGCAAGGAGGCGCUAUUUAAAACAUUGAUGGGGUACUAG